AGAGAGAGAGAGAGAGAGAGAGAGACGUGCUGCAGAAGUUUGGCUUGGACUCUUUGCUGGAUGCAUAAGCACAGGAAAAGCAGACCGGAGAGAUUAUAAAAUAACCCAAUAGAGGUCUAGAGACUGAAAGCUUGAUCUCAAACAUGAAAUAUUUCACCUGGAUCAGUGCUCUGUCAUUGCUGUUAUGUUUUUCUCUGGGAUCUACAGAAUUCAGGCAAAGAAGAGAAAUCCCAUCUCGGAGUCUGGCAGGUGUGUGUCGCUAUGGCAGCAAGCUGGAGUGUUGUUAUGGAUGGAAGAGAAACAGUAAAGGUCAUUGUGAAGCCCAGUGUGACCCGGCAUGCAAACACGGCGAGUGUGUCGGUCCAAAUAAAUGCAAGUGUUUCCCUGGAUACACUGGAAAAACAUGCAGUCAAGAUCUGAAUGAGUGCGGUGUAAAGCCACGGCCCUGUGAGCAUCGCUGUAUGAACACAUUUGGUAGUUACAUGUGUUACUGUUUAAACGGCUUCAUGUUGAUGCCUGACGGCUCCUGCACCAAUUCGAGAACAUGCACGCUGGCUCACUGUCAGUACGGUUGUGAAGAAGUUCAGGGUGAGAUACGAUGUCUCUGCCCAUCUGCCGGUCUUCAGCUGGGUCCUGAUGGAAAAACGUGUGUGGACAUCGAUGAAUGUGAGACUGGGAAGCAUCAAUGUCCUUUAAACCGACAGUGCACCAAUACGUUUGGCAGCUAUUACUGCAAAUGUCAGGGUGGUCAUGACCUCAAAUAUGUCAAUGGAAAAUACGACUGUGUUGAUGUGAAUGAGUGUUUGACAGAGAAUCACAAGUGUAGUCCUCAUGCUGAGUGCAUCAAUACUCAGGGAUCUUACAGAUGUAAAUGCAGACCGGGCUUCCGCGGCAGCGGCUUCGAUUGCUCAGUCAAGCCGUUUUAUCACAGAUCGUGGGCUGAUGAUAAAGGCAGUGCUGAUGGGUUUCUCAAUGCUAUUCCUGAUGUGCAUGCAAAGCCCCAUAUUCUGGGGGGCAAAUCUGACAACACCAUCCCAGAAUCUGUGGUAACAGAAGCUCCGAGACUUCACCUGCAACCCUUCGAUUAUGAAGGAGAGGUGUACAUCGGUGCUCCAGAGGAAACCCCAAGAAUUCCUGAGGAGGAGGAGGAAGAGGAGGAAGAGGACGACACUGAAAACCAGCUGGAGGGUGAGGAGUUGAACCCCAGAGGCGAUGUGUUCUAUGAGUUUGGACCUGAAUUCAGUCCAGAAGAGCCGAAGGAGAUCCAAGCAGCUCCAUUGAAGGAAAGGUUUCUGACAGACUGUAACUUUGAUCACGGGGCUUGUGAAUGGGUUCAGGAUAUUGAGGACGAUUUGGAUUGGAUGAUUAAGUAUAAUGAAAACGGAUUGGACUACCACAUGGCUCUCUAUGGCCUUGUUGGCAACAGGAAAGAGAAGGCCAGAAUGAAGCUUCUUCUGGAUGAUUACAUGCGUCAGAGCAGUUUUUGUCUUAAAUUUGAUUACCGUAUUCUGGGGCAGCAUAUGGGCAUCUUACGGGUGCUGUCGGACAGCAGUGCUUAUGCCAUGUGGGAGAGAAGGCAAAGUCUCAAACAGGAUUGGCAGUCAGUGAAUAUCACAAUAACAUGGACAGAAACAGCACCAGAGACGAUCAUCUUUGAAGCUGAGCGUGGGAGAUCAGUAACUGGUGAAAUUGGGCUGGAUAAUGUGGUUCUGAUCUCAGGACCCUGUUCAGAUGAUGAAACUGUCAUCUUUUAAUGACAUAACCGAUGACAUCAUGUGUGUGUGUGUGUGUGUGUGUGUGUGUGUGUGUGUGUGUGUGUGUGUGUGUGUGUGUGUGUGUGUGUGUGUGUGCUUGCGUGCGUGCGUGCGUGCGUGCGAAUGUGUGUGUUCCUAAUAACCUUUACAGCAACAAAAAAGUUGCUAACAGGUUAACAGGUGAUAACCUUUACAUACAGUAAAUAAGAGUUUUCUGACUCUGUUAAAAGACAUUUUAUAUGUGUUAUGGAUAUUAUGUUCUGAGGUUUUCUGAUGGAUUCCUUUCACUAUUUGUAUGAUUAUUAUAUAAACAUUGUAACAUUAUAACAGCUGUACAUUUGGCUUUAAAGUGGCAUUACAUUAAACUAUUUUUAAGUGAUUUAC